GUGCUGGAGUUAUUUUUUUUUUUUUGAGUUUCUUGGGGUUUAUUUGAUCUGGGUCAAUGAUUUGUUAACGAUUUUUUUAGGGUUUUGGUUAAUUUAAGAGUUGAUUAAUAAGAUUUGUUGUUAAAGUUUUGAUUUUUGGGUGGAAUUAAAAAUGGGGUCAAUGAUUUGCAUGAAUGAGCUUUGUCGUGCAACGACGUCGUCUGAAUGGAAGAAAGGUUGGAGCUUGAAAUCUGGUGGAUUUGCAAAGCUUUGCUAUAAUUGCGGAUCUGCUUUUGAGAAUUUAGUUUUUUGUGAAACGUUCCACUCGGAGGAAUCUGGUUGGAGGGAAUGUAAAACGUGUAGAAAGCUUAUCCACUGUGGGUGUAUUGUCUCAAAAUAUUUGUAUGAGUGCAUGGAUUAUGGAGGUAUUGCCUGUAUAAACUGUGCAAGCCAAUUGGAUGGUCAUUCGAUCAGACCAAUACAGAUACCUGGUGAUGAUCUUCCCAAUGGAACCUUGGGAACUAAGGCUACGCAGCCACUGGGUGUUGAGAAUAAAAUGGAUGAGAAUAGUUUUGACAAAAGAAGGGUUAUGCGGUUGAGCAAGCCAGUGGAGACCAGUGAGUCUGGUCAACUCUUUCAAACUCAAAAGAAUGACAUUAAACAAGAAACAAUGGUUCCCAUCGGUAAUGUCAGUACAUGCUUUUCAAAUCUGAACCAGCAGCCCGUUGGAACAGCUUCUCUAUUUGGCAAGCCUGAUAAUGACAGACAAAGCCAAGGGGUUAAAGAUAUGUACGAAUUGAUCAAUCAGCCAUCUCUAAAUUUCUCAUUGAGUACUCUUGUUGGUGCGUCUAGUUCAGCACAGCCUUUUCCUGGUGGAGAUGUUGAAGGAAGGGAACAAAGCAAAAGUUCUCCCUUUCAACUGGGCCAAAGGACACGCCAUAUAUUGCCCAAGCCCCCCAAACCUAGCCCCAAUUCAGGUUCUGAAUCAAACAAAGCAAUGGCUUCACAGACACGGGUUGCAAGGCCGCCCGCUGAAGGCCGAGGUGGCCGCAACCAAUUACUGCCUCGAUACUGGCCUAGGAUUACAGACCAGGAGUUGCAACAAAUAUCUGGAGAUUUAAAAUCUACUAUUGUACCACUGUUUGAGAAGGUCCUAAGUGCCAGUGAUGCUGGUCGAAUAGGCCGUCUGGUUCUGCCCAAAGCAUGUGCUGAGGCGUACUUUCCUCCAAUUAACCAAUCUGAGGGUCUACCUAUAAGGAUUCAGGAUAUAAAGGGUAAAGAGUGGACAUUUCAAUUCAGAUUUUGGCCCAAUAACAACAGCCGGAUGUAUGUUUUGGAGGGUGUUACCCCUUGUAUACAGAAUAUGCAAUUGCAAGCUGGUGAUACUGGUAACUCUUCAUUCUUUCUUCUUAUGAAAAAAAAACAAAAAGAAAUCUCUUCAUAUGACCAACCCUGUUUGUUGUCUAUCCUUCCCAGUGGCUUUGCAGAAACUUCAUUCACUGGCAUGACUGAAAAUCUUCAGGUGAGUGUUGCUCCUAGCCUGUUAGGUCUUUUUGCUAAGCAAGCAUUUGAAUUUGCUCUUUCCCUUAAUACAAAUUCUUUUUCAUCGAAGCAUGAAAAGAAUGGAGGCAGGGCAAGUGAUGAUUCUGUGAAUCGGCAAGUGCCGAUUUCAGAGAAGAAAAAGGCAAGAAACAUAGGGUCCAAAAAUAAGAGGCUUCUUAUGCAUGCUGAUGAUGUUAUGGAACUUAGAAUCACUUGGGAAGAAGCACAAGAAUUGCUACGGCCACCUCCGACUUCCAAGCCUACCGUUGUUGUGAUUGAGGACUAUGAAUUUGAGGAAUAUGAAGAACCACCAGUCUUUGGAAAGAGGACAAUAUUUACUGCCCGAUCUUCUGGGCAUCAGGAGCAAUGGGCUCAAUGUGACAGCUGCUCUAAAUGGCGUAGAUUGCCGGUGCAUGUUCUCCUUCCUGCAAAGUGGACUUGUUCGGACAAUAUUUGGGACUCAAGAAGAUGCUCUUGUGCUGCUCCUGAUGAGAUUAAUCCGAGGGAACUGGAAGCUCUCUUUAGAGUUGGCAAGGAUCUUAAGAGGCGAAAACUUGUAGAAAACAAUGAAGAUUGUGAGCCUUCUGGUCUCGAUGCCUUGGCAACACUUGCUGUAUUAGGAGAUAAUAUUGGGGAUUUAGGAGAGCCUUCAGUUGGAGCCACUACUAAACAUCCUCGACAUCGCCCUGGUUGCACUUGCAUUGUUUGCAUUCAGCCUCCAAGUGGAAAGGGCAAGCACCAGCCCACAUGUAAGUGCAAUGUCUGCUUGACUGUGAAACGUCGGUUUAAGACACUCAUGCUACGUAAGAAGAAGAAACAAUCAGAACGAGAAGCGGAGCUUGCACAGGCAAAGGAUCAGGUUCCUCCUAAAGAUGGAUCAGAAACAGAUGGGGCCAGUGGAACUGAUCAGUUGCUUCACAUCAAUCAAUCCGAGAACGAACACAUGAAUCUUUCCGAGAACGAAAGGGAUACAAACGGGGAUCAGACGGAGGAGUUUGGAGCCGGGAAGGGACAGUUGGACCUGAACUCCCAUCCUAAUCGCGACGAUGACAUGCUAGUAGAGGCCACUGCUGGAAUGACCAUGACGUCCCUUGUUAAUGCUACCGACCUUCCACUGGAGUAUCUAACACAGAACGGGCUCGAGAGCUUGGGAGACUCUUUGCUCUCACGAGCUGCCGGUGAGAGUGAAGGAAACCAUCCUGAUAAUGGAUUCAUGAAAACUGCAGAUGCUGAACAAGAGAAUAAAGGUGAUGAAGGGUAAAUUCCCUAGAUAAUUUAUUUCUUUUGUUUAUUCAAUUGUUUGAGCUUUUGUUAAGUUAUAUACAUAGAGUGUUAUUUCACAACCCCAUAGUUGUUGCUAUAUACAUACUCAAGAGUUGAAGGAGUCUAUUUUGUCCUCCCUCCCUUCACUUUUUGUGGGUUCUCAUAUGUACCUUCUAAUGGAAAAGGUGUUUUUGUUAAUCUCUAAUCUAUCAUUAUGAAA